GCGGGCUAGUAAUUUCCAGAAGUGUUAGCUGACUAGCUGUUAGCCUAGCCGGUGCCAUCUGCUCCGAGCUAACAGUUGGCAAGGCCAUCUCUGUGAUUAAGACUAUUACACUUGGUGGUUUUAUGUUGUUAAAACUGCACAUCAUAACAAUUAGGGUCAUUUAUACUUCGUUAAUUUUGUAUUGAUUAAAUGCGGUAACGGUAAUAAAUAACUUUAAUUCUCGUGACACUGUUGCUGUCGCUGUCACUCAUGGUUUGCCCCCCACCGACACACCAGCCAAUUGAAUCAUUGAAACGUUUGAUUGACAGAACUCACAGCCAAUAGAAACCCCGCAACAAAUAUGAUGGCUCUCUUGGCGUUGUUCGACACAGCGGGCGUCUCUUUCCGGCGCAGUAUGCUGGGAUGCUGAUGCUGAGGAGCCUCGUUGAUCUGUAGCAUCAUUAGAUCUCAAUGUUUCUCGACAUGUUGUAUGGUCUGAGGUUGCAUCACUGUGUUGACCUCUGUCUGGGCGGCCUACUCUUGUUUUUAGCGGGGCUGCAGCAGGUGGAAGCUGCCGCCGCCGCCGCGGAGAUGACCAACUUGAACUGGAAACCGUUCAUCUACGGAGGCAUGGCCUCGAUUGUCGCAGAAUUCGGGACAUUUCCCAUUGACCUGACUAAGACCCGGCUACAGGUCCAGGGCCAGUCCCAGUACACAGAGGUACGCUACAAAGGCAUGUUCCACGCCCUCUUCAGGAUCGGCAGAGAAGAGGGCAUCCGAGCGCUAUAUUCUGGGAUUUCACCUGCUCUGUUGAGACAAGCUUCUUAUGGGACGAUCAAGAUAGGAACCUACAACUCUCUGAAGAGGCUGUUUGUCAGUCGUCCAGAAGAUGAGACCAUGGUCAUCAACGUCUUCUGUGGUGUCGUGUCUGGAGUCCUGUCCUCGUCUCUGGCCAACCCCACUGACGUCCUCAAGAUCAGAAUGCAGGCACAGGGCAGUCUGCUCCAAGGCAGCAUGAUGUCCAAUUUCAUCAACAUCUACCAGACAGAGGGCACCAGAGGGCUGUGGAGAGGUGUCAUUCCCACAGCGCAGCGAGCAGCCAUUGUCGUCGGGGUGGAACUUCCUGUCUAUGACAUAACAAAAAAGCACCUGCUUCGCUCGGGCCUCAUGGGAGACACCAUCUUGGCACAUUUCAUUUCCAGUUUCACGUGUGGCUUGGCGGGGGCACUGGCCUCCAACCCUGUAGACGUGGUCCGAACGCGUAUGAUGAACCAGCGAGUUCUGUCGGGAAGCCCCAUGUACAAAGGAACGCUGGACGGAGUGAUGCAGACAUGGAAGAAUGAGGGCUUCUUCGCUCUCUAUAAGGGAUUCUGGCCAAACUGGCUGCGACUGGGGCCUUGGAACAUCAUCUUCUUCAUCACCUUUGAGCAGCUGAAGAAGCUCCCGUUUUAACACCAGCAGGAAGUGGGACUUUGCCGGCCUGCCAGACUGUGUCAGGGAUAAGUGGAGUGUGAGCACGGCAGCACCUGGAGUUUUGACCCCGUAUUUUCACACUCCCAUCUACCCACGCUCAUCAAAACCUUAUACUGAUUUUUUUUUUUUUUUUUUUUUUUUACAGUGUUUUAUUUAUUGUCACUGUUUUGUUUUUUCAUGCAGUUUGAAAGACUGUUGCUUUGAUGAUUACUCUCACCCUCAAUCACCUUUGACACUCCCAUGGCAGCUAAAUGUCUGCUGGUAGCUGAAGACUGAAGUUUUGGAAGACUAGGUUUGUGUCCUUGAGCUGAUGAGAAAGACGAAGUUUACCACUGUGGAUUGGGUGAGUGGAAACUUGUGAGCCUUCGUAUAAAAAAAAAAAAAAAGACAAAUACUGGUGAAUGUUUGCUCAGGACACACUCACUCAGAGAUCUGGAAAAACAUGGGAAAUUAAUUUAUUAACAUGCGAAGGCAUCACAGAAUGUCAGUUCAGACACGCAUGACGUUGCAGUUUGUUCAGUUUAGGGUAAAGAAGAAAAGAAUAUAAAAUUUAAACCUGAAUGAUGUGUAGGAGGCCUACAUUUUAAGGGUAUAGGCACUGCAUGCUGUGCUAGGAGAAUAGCUCAGAUUUAUCUGUUGAAUGUUAAGGAAUUGCAUGGAAGAGUAGUACAAAGGACAAACUGACUGUUACAGGUAGUUACUGUACUCUAUGACAACUGCACAGAAGGAUUUAAGACAGAGUUCACACUGAAAGAGUGGAGGAAAUGCUCUUCUGCAGCUCUUCAGAUGAGUUAGGGUUUGUGUUACGACCCAGGGAUGUGUUAUGACCUUUGCUUUUGAAAGGCGUCAGAAAUUUUACACUGCGGUUUUAAUCUUUCAGUGGGUUCAGUGGUGAGAAAAUUCCCCCAAAACAUGAUUUUCUAUAAUAAUCCAUUAAUCUAAAGCUGGAAAAAACAGACUUUUUUCUAUUAAUGUUUCUAUUAAUAUUCUAUUGUUUUUUUUUUGCUGGGGCACAUUAAAAGAUAAACUGUUGACAUCUGUGAUCUUAAAGAAAACAAUCAGAAAUCUGAACCAAAGCCGCUAACGAGAAAAGGGAGACACUUUUGCUGUCUUAUUCGUUCACAACCAAAACUAAACUAAAUCUUUUUUUAAUUUACAUUUUUUGGUUAAGGAAAUGUUAAAUCCAGAUUAGUCACUCCUGUUGAAGUUUUUUUUAGUAUAUUUUUUCUGUAGAGUUUUUCUGUUUCGCUCACCUCCGGUCUGCUGCAUUAGGGGGUAAUGAGCUGUGGUUUGCUGCCAUAUGUCAUUGUUGACCCAGAAGACAACAAUCCAGUACACAGUGUAAAUGGCUGUACAGACAUUCACUCACAGAGGUGGAUGUAUUUUAUCUUUGGCAUGUCCAGAUGUACGUACGAUGCCUUGUUGCGCUAUUUUAACUGUUGUGUCUCUCGUUUGAGGUGAAGUCGUUGCAUGAAUGGAAAAGAGGCAGCUGGUGUAGAUAGGAAGUGGAAGAGAGGGCCUUUGUGCCAAAUGUGUUUCUGCCAAACGGGGUUGAAUGUAUUUGCAGGUGAAUUCUUCUUGUUUUGGUUUUGUUUUCAGCUCCUCUGGGGCCUUGUAAAAUGUACUUUGCAGGAGAAGCUCAGUGCUGGAAAGAAUUUGAAAGUCAGCGUCUUGUUUGAAAACAAUAACGUAUAUUUUUUUUAAUGAAUCACAUUAUCUAAACUCAGCCUGUGUAAAACAAACCAAACGCAUUUCUUUAAUAACUUGUAUUUCUUAUUAUUUACGGGAGCCCAGAACUUGUAUCUUAACAAUAGUCACGAGAAAUGCUCUGGAUUAUUUGCAAAUACAAUUUUUCCCUUGUUUGACUUGGUCAGUGAAGGAGUGUAUCUUCCACCACAGGUGACCUCACCCUUUCAUCCACCCAAACCUUUUUGCUUUAUGUCAAACGUAAUAUUUUCAUUUUGGAUUUUUAGUAUUUGAUUUGUUUUAAAAGCUGAAGGUAUGCCCCCCCCCCCCACUCAACUAUUGCUCAUCCUCGUGACGGCGUUUUUUAAAGUGGUCAGUCAAAGGGCGUUCAUCGGGGGCAGCCAUUUUCCUGUGGCUGUACAUCUUUGAUCAGAUGUGUGUCUCAAAACUGUCUUGAGACAGACAAGUCCGUAAUCUUCUGUUGUAAUGACGCAAACUUGGUGAAUUAUAUAUUGUAACUGACGCACAUUGAAAAUAUGCUAUAAUCCAUAACUUCAGCAGCACUUCUGCGUGUCUGCUGCUGUGGGACAUGAUACUGGUUGAUUAUUUAUAUUCCCCAGUCUGUACUGCUGUUGGGCUUGUUGUAUUUGAGCAAUAGAUUGUGAACUAGCUUGACUCCAUCUUGGUCAUAUUUCAUCCAUACUUCUGUUUUGCCUUCUUCAUGGGUCAGUAUGUUCCAGUCUAAACUCUGUCUCUUUUUAACACCAUCACCGUCUUCUAGGUGCUUUCUUAUUAUUUUUUUCCAGCGAUUAGCUGUUACUCCAAUUUCCAUUUCAUUGUGCGACAGUCGAGUUUUAUUUGUUUGCAUUUAAGUGUACUUCAUUUAGUCAUUUUUCCAGUGUUUCCAGUGCAGCAUACUCAAACCGUCGGUAUAAGACAACGUUACACGGCGUGCAGUUUGGACACGGCUCAGAACUGUUCUGGUUUUAGAGGCCACGUUAGGUUUUGAGUGUGUGUUGGACUCCUGUGGACAGAUUGCUGGAAAGUGUGUGUGUGUCAGGCGUUCGCAGUGUGUGUCUGCCUUUCUGAUGAAGAUGCUUUAAUACAGUCCUGGAGUCCUGGGAGACUUGCACUGUUACAGCCUUACACUUUACAAUUAUCACCUGUUAGUAAUGUUAUUCUGUGAGGAUGUUGCUUCGUGUCCACAUUGACUGAGUGUUUUUUUCUCCAUCAUUUCAGAUUGUACUUACAGUCGUCAGUUUUGAAGUUAACAUGUUAAAAUCCGGUUUCCAUACAGGUCAGUGCAGUUGUGGGGAGAUGUGUUCUGUUACCUCAGCAGUCAUGCUUUCCUGAGCCAUUUAAACUGUCUGCCAACAGUUUUUCAUUUCAGUUCCUGUGAACUGUGUGCAGAGGGAUUCCGAUGAGGUUUCUGUGAAGUUUAAUCAGCUUGUCGAUUAACAAUUAAGCAUCAGCUGAGUUUAAGGUGAGUAAAAAUCAGCUCCUAAUGUAGAUAUUCAGUGUGUGAGUGCAGGGUCAGUCUGACUGCAGGGCUUAAUUGAAAGAAUAGGUUCAGGACUCAGGCUGAGGUCAGAGGUCAGGCGGAGAUGCAGCUAAUAUUUGGGUAAGGCUGUUAUAGAUAAUACAGAUGCGUCUGAAUACACAUUUUUUUGCCUUUGGUUUCGGUUCCAUCCACAGUGAAGCAACUGCCAGUGCUUUAAAAUGCUGAGAUUACAUUAGAUGACAUUAGUCAGCCAUGUUCUGUUUUCAAGAGAUGGAAGAAAGAGAGACGUGACUGUUUUUGUAGUGUUUUUAGUUCUAGAACGAUCAGUUGAUCAGCAUGGACAGAAUAUUAUGUAUUGCCAACAAUUUCAUUUAUCAAGCAAAAAUGCUGCUUUUAUUUGAUUUCUAUCAUAGUAAAUUUAAUAUCUUUGAAUUUCAGACAAUUUAAUCAACAUAUUAAUAAUAAAAAAAAACAGAAAAAACAAUAAUGAAAAUAGUGAUUAUCUCUGAUUUGACAGCAAAUGGCAACGUGUGGAUGGAAACCUUUAAAAAAAAAUGAAGCGCUUUCAGAUUUAUACAUAUUAAUGUUGACAUCAGUGAACAUGUCUGUUUGUCAAUAAAGUUGCCACACAAGUUACAAAGAGGGAAGGUGAUUUUCAGAUUUUGAACGCUGCUGAAAUGCAGUGAAAACUGAUUAUUUUCAGCUCGUUGUGUUGAACCGAGGAUUGAAAAUACAAAAGAAUACACAAGUCUCAAAACUGUCAGUGAAGCUGGUUCUAAAAUUGCUUUUAUGCUAACCAGCGACUUGCUUUGUGUGUCCCUUCUCACAUUGUUGUGAAUGUAAAUGUGGUACUUGGUCUGGUCAUGUACCUAUUAAUGGAAACCGUCUAACUAAACAACAAAGCUAAGUCAGGAAGGCCUGCACAGGAGCACAGUGGCAGCCUCAGCUCUAAGGGAUUCAAAUGAAAGUCCUGUAGUUAAACUCAGUGAUUGUUUGUGUUGUACAAAUUGUUCUGGCAAAUUGAUUUUAGAGCCGUUUUUGGGAAUUGCUUUUUGUUUUAAGCUUAUGCAGAGUUUUAUCUGUUUUCCGAUUAUCUGAAAGUGAGUUCUGCUUCUAUGUUUGAUUUUGACCUUCUAUUUAUUUGACUGUGUUCAGUGAGCCUGAAUACAGUUCAGCUGAUGCUGCUUUCCAUUCCUGCUUUGAUUCCUUUAAAAACUAUUUAACGCUCACGCUGGCUUUUUUUUUUGUGUGUGUUAUAAUUUGAACUGUUAUCAAGUGCUCUGAGUUGACCACAUUAACAGCUAUUCACUUAUUUGCCUAGUUAUUCAUUCCCUCCGCUGCCAUUCAGUGUUCACAGUGAACAAACUGAGUUUCGUUAAUGUGUACAGCACGUAGCAGAACACAAUCUGAACUAAAGAGAAGAACAGCAUAUUUUAAUGUAUUUACUUGUCUGUAAACACAGAGCGACUCCAGUUCUUUGACCGAGCAGUGUCCUAAAUUAUUCUCUGAGGAAAAAGCUCAACAUUUUGGGAAAAGUGCUUUAAACAAAAGUGUGGUUUAAUGGGGAGAUAUGUGCUGUAACAGUUCCUUUGUGAAUUUCCUUUGGAAGGAAUCAAAUUCACAAAUAAUAUCUCAGUUAAGAGGGAACCCAUAGUGUGGCCUGAUUUUAGCUGAAACUUUGUUGAGUGUAAACUGAUUUGUCUCCACAGCUUUAGUCACACAUCAGCCGUGCGUAAAAUGUGUUGGCAGCUAAUAAACAAUACUAGCUUCGAGCAUUGGGAUAAGAUGGGAUUUUUCCCCAGCUGAAAGCUCCGGAAAAGCCUGGAAAGCAGACCUUGAGUUGAGAUUAUUCUGGCAGACUAAUAGCUGUGGUUUAGUUUUAUCACCAGUUUGAAUGAGAGAGUCAUCACAGUGUUUAGAUCCAAACACAAAACUGCUCCGUGGCUCUCGUCAUCGAACACGAGCUUAUUUUAAGAAAACGUGGGUUUUUGGGCAGAGAGAGGACCAUGCGGAACUUUUUCCUUUUCUUCUGCUUCAUAAACAAACUGAUUACGAAAGAGAGUUUAUGAAAGAGAGAUUGUGAUUAAUAGAAAGAGUCAGAAAAUAGUUCAGGAACCUCUGCAAAAUGUUUUUUCCCUCUACCUGUGUGCCAUGUGAUUGUUUUUUAAGGUUUCAUCUUUAAACGCUUUUAAUCAGUAGACUUCUCAGUAUAAGGUGUGGUAUUUUCUUUUGUUUUACCUCAAAGCGUCUGAUUUUUCACAACCGAAACACCUUUCCCUUCAAAGUUGGCCCAGUCUGUUUCUCUGCCUGUAACUGGCCCAGGUCUGUUAGCAUUUUGUUUUCCCAGCUUGAGCGCUGUUUCUUUUUCUCAUGUUGAACUAAUCUCACAUACCUUUACACUGAUCGAAUGAAGAAGAUAUUCGCCAUUAAUUUAGUGUUGGAUUCUAGCCAGUCGGCAUCAUUCCGCCUGAUCAGAGCAGAAAAACAGCCUGAAAACCUGUAGAUUGAUUGAAAUUUUGUCUCUCGACGUUUAAGUUAUGGUUUGCUUGUUCACUGAUAACUUUAUUAAUGAAUUCCUCAUUUAAAGGCCAAAGUAGUGCACCCUUUGUUCUUCGUGUCCCACUUUCAUCAAAAUGCUUUUUCAGAGGCUUGUGGAAAUUGCUAACUGACAAAUCCUCAUCUGUGUGGCAGCCUGACAGGAUAAGAACAUCUAUAAAUAUUUUUGUAAAUUUUCUCGUCACUUCCACUGAUCAUUUGCACUUUGGUGGCUGCUCAGCUUGUACCAUUACUCUCUAUAACCUUUUCGCUUGUUUACUUGAUGAAUUUCUAUGGUGGAAGUUUUAAGUGGAGAGUACUUUUUUAUUUUUCUUUGACAGAAUGGGUUUGGCUUUAUAUAAAUUCAGUGUUCACUCAAAUAAAAUAUAUGCUGUGA